CACCUGCCCGUGCUGCCCGCACAGCCCCUCAAGACAAAGAAGGGCGUGAAGAGGAAAGCAGACACCACCACGCCCACGGCCAUGGAUCCCAUCCACGACUCCUCGUCCCUGCCCGGCGAGCCCAAGGCUCCCAAGCUGGGCCCGCGGCGCGAGAGCGGCCGGCCCGUGAAGCCGCCCAAGAAGGAGAUCCCGGACUCGCAGCAGCACCCGGGGCCCGAGGGCCGCGGCUCCAAGGCCUCGGAGCAGCUCAAAUACUGCGGGGGAAUCAUCAAGGAGAUGUUUGCCAAGAAGCACGCGGCCUACGCCUGGCCCUUCUACAAACCCGUGGACGUGGAGGCGCUGGGGCUGCACGACUACUGCGACAUCAUCAAACACCCCAUGGACCUCAGCACCAUCAAGUCCAAGCUGGAGAGCCGGGAGUACCGGGACGCUCAGGAAUUCGCGGCCGACGUGCGGUUGAUGUUCUCCAACUGCUACAAGUACAACCCCGCCGACCACGAGGUGGUGGCCAUGGCCCGCAAGCUGCAGGACGUGUUCGAGAUGCGCUUUGCCAAGAUGCCGGACGAGCCGGAGGAGCCGGCGAUUCCCGCCUCGUCGCCCGUGGUGGUGCCGCCCCCCACCAAGGUGGCGCCGCCGUCGUCCAGCGACAGCAGCAGCGACAGCUCCUCCGACAGCGACAGCUCCUCCGACGACUCCGAGGAGGAGCGGGCGCAGCGCUUGGCCGAGCUCCAGGAGCAGCUCAAGGCCGUGCACGAGCAGCUGGCGGCGCUGUCGCAGCCCCAGCAGAACAAACCAAAGAAGAAGGAGAAGGACAAGAAGGAGAAGAAGAAGGAGAAGCACAAAAAGAAGGAGGAGCUGGAGGACGCCAAGAAGAGCAAAGCCAAGGAGCCGCCGCCCAAGAAGGCCAAGAAGAGCAACAGCAACAGCAGCGCCUCCAGCAAGAAGGAGCCGGUGCCAGUGAAAUCCUCCACGUCCUGCGGGCUCAAAAACUCCAACCCCGACGAGAUCGAAAUCGACUUCGAGACGCUGAAGCCGUCGACGCUGCGCGAGCUCGAGCGCUACGUCACCUCGUGCCUGCGCAAGAAGAGGAAACCCCCAGGUAACAAGCUCGACGUCCUGGCCGGCUCCUCCAAGCUCAAAGGUUUCUCGUCCUCGGAGUCGGAAUCGAGCAGCGAGUCGAGCUCCUCCGACAGCGACGAGUCGGACUCAGAAAUGGCGCCAAAAUUGAAGAAAAAAGGGCACUCGGGGCGGGAGCAGAAAAAGCACCACCACCACCACCACCAGCCGGCGCCGGCGCCGCCGCAGCCCCCUCCGGCGCCGCCGCAGCCCGUCCCGGCAGCGCUGCAGCCGCCGCAGCCGCCGCCCGUCCCGCAGCCCGCCGCGCCCCUCAAGGCGUCGCCGCCGCCGCCGCCGCCCUUCGUCCCCGCCCAGGUGCCCGUCCUGGAGCACCCCCUGCCGGGGACCAUGUUCGACACCAUGGCCCAUUUCGGCCAACCCAUGCUGCACCUGCCCCAGCCCGAGCUGCCCCCGCCCCACCUGCCCCCGGCGCCCGAGCACAGCACCCCCCCCCACCUCAACCAGCACGUGGUGUCUCCUCCAGCUUUGCACAACGCUCUGCCUCAGCAGCCCUCGAGGCCCAGCAACCGGGCGGCGGCGCUGCCCCCGAAGCCGCCGCGGCCUCCGGCCGUGUCCCCGGCGCUGCCUCCGCCGCCGCAGCCGCCGCCGCAGCCGCUGCUCCCGCAGCCUCCGCUGCCGCAGCCGCCGCAGGUGCUGCUGGAGGACGAGGAGCCGCCAGCGCCGCCGGUGCCGCCGCCGGUGCCGCCGCCGCCGCACCACGGCCUCCCCCUGAGCACCAGCCAGAUGCAGCUGUACCUGCAGCAGCUGCAGAAAGUGCAGCCGCAGACUCCGCUUCUCCCUUCAGUGAAGGUCCAGUCGCAGCCGGCGCCGCAGCCGCAGCCGCCGCCGCCUCCCCCGGCGCUGCCGCCGCCGCCGGCGCAUCCCGCGGUGCAGCCGCUGCAGCCGCCGCCGCGCCCGCUGCACCUGCAGCCCCUGCCCUUCCCGUCGCACCUGGCGCAGCCGCCGGCGCCGCCGCCGCCGCAGCAGCAGCAGCAGCCGCAGCAACCGCAGCAGCAACCGCAGCAGCCGCAGGCGGCGCCGCCGCAGCCGCCGCAGCCGCAGGCGGCGCCGGCCAAAGCGCAGCAGGUCAUCCAGCACCACCCGUCACCGCGGCACCACAAAGCGGAUCCCUACGGCACCGGUCACCUGCGGGAAGCCCCUUCCCCCCUCAUGAUGCCUUCCCCACAGAUGGCGCCGUUCCAGGGCCUCGUGCCUCAGUCCCCCCCUCAGCAAAACAUCCAGCCAAAAAAACAGGAGCUGAGAGCAGCCUCGGUGGUGCAGUCGCAGCCGCUGGGCGCGGCCAAGGAGGAGAAGCUGCACUCGCCCGUGAUCCGCAGCGAGACCUUCCCCCCGGCUCUCUGGGUGGAUCCCCCCGGCUCUCUGGGUCGAUCCCAUGGAUCCCCCAGGGCUCUCUGGGUCGAUCCCAUGGAUCCCCCGGCUCUCUGGGUGGAUCCCCCCGGCUCUCUGGGUGGACCCCCCGGCUCUCCGGGCCGAUCCCACCCCUCGGUGACCGCGCCGUGUCCCCGGCAGGACCUGAAGAUCAAGAACAUGGGCUCGUGGGCGUCGCUGGUGCAGAAGCACCCGGCGGCGCCGGCGGCCGCGGCCAAGUCGUCGAGCGACUCCUUCGAGCAGUUCAAGCGCGCGGCGCGGGAGAAGGAGGAGCGCGAGAAGGCGCUCAAGGCCCAGGCCGAGCAGGUGGAGCGCGAGAAGGAGCGGCUGCGCAGGGAGCAGGAGAGGAUGAGGUCCCGGGAGGACGACGAUGCCCUGGAGCAGGCCCGCCGGGUGCACGAGGAGGUUCGGCGGCGCCAGGAGCAGCAGCAGCCGCCGGGGCCGGGCGCGGGCGCGGUUCCGGUGCCGGUGUCCCCAGGUGUCCCCAUGCCGCGGCGCCUCCUGUCCAUCCUGCUGGCCCCCACGCGGCUCCUGCUGGCCGUGCGGGGUCUCCUGGCCCGGGGGGGACUCGCGGUGGCCGCG